AUGGAUGGCCGUGGAGCGCGUUCUGACUCGAUAAAUAUGAGCACACAAUGUCCAGUUUCGACGUCUAGUGGACAUGAUGUCUCUCCUCCGUUGAGAGCUGCCGCCAGUGACCUCACCCAAUCGUCCGUGGCAGAUGCCAGCGAUUCAAACUCCCCUCCAUCCACGUCAUCGUCUCUUCAAUUUGGAACCGAUCCGGGCGCGAGUUCCAGCACAAAUUCCCAAGUAGACCAACCUCGGUCACUGUCACAGCUCCAGGCGACCUCAUUUCCCCGACCGCUGGAAAAGGUCGACUCUGGCCAUGACACAAUAUCAUCUACCCCUUUUCAUAGUCCACCCAGUGCUAGGAGCGUUGUUCAGCUCACACCAGGGCAGAAAAGAACGGCAAGCGGGAGUAUGAAAUGCUCGGUGUCUCCGGACCGACCAUUCUCUGCAUUGACUACUCCCGGAGCUAGGUAUCAUUCAAGAUCUGCGAGUACAGAUUCGCAUUCAAGUCGUAUUGCCGAAAUAUCGGCUCAACUCCGCUCAAAAUUAUCCUGGGCAGCAGCAAAAGUGGAAAAGGAUUGGAAAUCCAACCCAAACAGCAAGCAGUUCAGCUUAUCUAGCAAGACACAUUCGCCAAGAGAAAUUAAUGCGCCCAUACAACCUAAUGGUUAUCCACCGUCAAAUCAACCUCCAAAGUUCAACGGUUCUGUUGGAGAGCGCGAUCUUGCGGCUCAAGUGUUAAAAAUCGCGACUGGACAUAGCAACCUGAAGCCUGAUAUGCCACAAAGCAAACCACUGAACAGCUCGUCUAGACCAUACCAUCGGCAUAAUUUAUCGAUGGGUUCAAUUCCAUCAAAGUUGUCCUAUGAGCGGUCAACUUCGAAUGGCCUCCACAAAAUCCCCCGCCUUGCUCCACCAGCAGAUAUAAUUCCGGGAAAUGGGCCUCAUACAAAACGGAGAAUAAGCCAAAAUACCACAAGCCCUAAAAAGUUCAAGGUCCCAUCUCUUUCACAGCAGUCCUCGAGCUCCUCUGUGAUAGGCACCCAGGGGUCUUGUCCUAUUCCCGCUACCCCUCCGCAGCCCCAUCAACCCUCAUUUAAAGCCCCAUCAUCUGCAACGACGGCUAUUCUUGGAAGACACUGUACUCCUACCGAAAAAACAAUCAUGGAGCAGGAUGCAGUCGAAACUCUCGUUUUCAUGGGAAGUCCAGAAAAUUCGGGGUACUACAAUGACUCUCGACCACACACCAACCCGCCUAGCAAUUCACAGGAUUCAAUUCAAUACCCCCCGGUGACGGAAAACACAUCAGCUCCAACUUCUUCUGCACCUCCAACACUAGGUAUGCCUUUCAGUUACGAACCUCGAGAACGGGGUCCGCUUCAGUCCAAACGCGUUAGCUUUGCAGAACAUGGUGGAGAAGCUCCGUACGCAAACUGCAGCCGGCCCAGGCUAGAACAAAACGCUGGUGAUGAAAUUGACCGUCUGCUGGACGAAAUGGGUGACAGCGACAACGAACCAGAUUAUGAUUGGUUUGCUCAUAUGUCGGGAGCCAGGGAUAAUUUUAGUCUACCUCAGCAAAAUAACCAGUGGACCAAUGACCAAUGCAGCCCCCCAAGCUCAGCUAUAUGUCAACCCGGUAAUAAUGCUCAGCUGCGAGGCUAA